GCUCAUUUGAACUUUUUACAAUUACAAUUGACACGUUUCAGCCCGAAAGAACUUUGCCCAGCUACUAGAGCUCCUCCGAUAGGCCUGCAAGAUGAAUCUUUGGGCUCUGAUGAUCUACACAUCGUUGCUCAAUUGCUUUCUCAUUGCGCACGCCUCACCUGAAGCAGACCCGGAGGCUGCAGCCGGCAAAAAAAGACCAGCUGAGAGCUCAAGUGUGGCACGAGGCGCAGAAAAGGAAGCAAGACCACAUUUUGUCAAGGCCAACAAAAACUUUUUUGAGCAAUACGGUAGCAAAUGCUAUCAUUUGCAAUUUGACAUCAAAUACGUGUUAAAUCCGGAGAACUACCCCCGUUUGACACCAAAAAGCUGUUCGAAAGUAUGCAAGGACUCCAUCAAGUCUAUGGCAAAUAAGGCGCAGAGCUUGAAGCAACCAAGCAAGAAGGGCUGUCUUGAGUCGGGUUUUUGCAUUCGGUCGAGAGCAGUAAAUAUCACUGAACGGAGUUGUUCAGACAAGCAGACGGCCGCUGCAGCGCAGCAAGCAUGUUAUCUAGAUACAUGCGCUUGCAGUGCUACAGUGAAUCUCUGGCGCAUCAGACGGCACGGACCUGCAAAUGUGGACGAAUAUCUCGCAAUGCAGCCUGGAUGGCAAAACAGGCUGCAAUGUCAUCCAGAUUAUAUGAUGAACAGGUAUUCCACCACUCAAUGGCAGAUUGGGAAAUGGUCUAUCGUGGACAACGACAUCGAUUGUAAAAGACCCUUGAAUGGGGAGGCGACUUGCACAUGCCAAGAGGGUGAUGGACUUUGUGGUAACAUCGAGACAUUUAGCUCUACUCGCUGCGCUCUCGAUAAUCCUGGGCCCGGUGGAGGAUGCCUAUGCGCAGCAGAGCGCCAUGAGCAAUGCGUUCCUGAGACAGGGCUCACACGGCCAGCUGCGGAUGAGGUAGAUGACGACCCUAGAUUCUGGGACGGCCUUGAGGACAUGUUUAAACUUGAAGACAGGUUGUAGUCGUCCCACAAGUAAUAGUGCUUGUGAUUGCCAUGAUUAG